UCACGCGGCACGACUUCGUAUAGUAGCCAUGGUGACGAUGAAAGCUCGAACUCAGUGAACGGUUGUCCUUCUGACUCUGCAUUUCCAUCGGAUAUUUGGGCUUGACGCUAUAUUGAAUGCUGUUUCGUGAAUGGUUGAAUAAAAGCAAACAAGAUGGAAAUAGUCUAUGUGUAUACAAAGAAAAGGGCGGACUUUGGUCGGCAGUGUAAUUUUUCUGACAGACCAGCCGAACUUCAUGUUGAUGUUGUACCUGAUCCAUCUCUCACAUCAAAUUUUAUCGAAAGAAACCCAUGUGAUAAUGUCAUACAAUGUGCACAAGAAAUGUCAGAACAUGAGGUGAAUACUGAAAGAUUUGAAACGGAAAGUCGAGGGAUUAACCAUGUCGAAGGUGGGUGGCCGAAAGAUAUCAACCCACAGGAAGUUGAACAGACAAUUCGAUUCAGAAAGAAAGUUGAAAAAGAAGAUCAUUAUGUUAAUGCAAUUCAACAGCUUGGAAGUAUAAUGGAACACUGUAUAAAGCAAAAUAAUGCUAUUGACAUUUAUGAAGAGUAUUUUGAUAAUCUUGAAAUUGAAAGUACAGAAGAACCACCAUCGGCUAAAACUAUCAAUGUUUUCAGAGACCCUAAUGAGAUCAAGCGGACAGCAACCCAUUUAUCCUGGUAUCCGGACGGAAGCAAAAAACUGGCUGUUGCGUAUUCUAAUCUUGAAUUUCAGAGAUCAUCACCCAAUACUUCAUUUGAUUCCUAUAUUUGGGAUGUUGAAAAUCCAAAUAAACCAGAAUUGACAUUAAAACCAGUAUCACCAUUAGUUUGUCUGGAGUACAAUCCCAAAGAUUCUCAUGUUUUGGUUGGUGGCUGCUACAAUGGACAGAUUGCAUAUUGGGACACAAGAAAAGGAAGCCAUCCUGUUGAAUUAUCUCCUAUAGAACAAAGUCAUCGCGAUCCAGUUUAUAAAACAAUCUGGCUUCAAUCGAAGACAGGAACUGAAUGUUUCUCUUCAUCAACAGAUGGCCAGGUAUUGUGGUGGGAUAUCAGAAAACUUGGAGAACCAACUGAAAAACUUGUUCUUGAUCCAACACGAAAGCUUAACAUAGAGAAUGCACUUGGAGGAAUUGCACUGGAAUAUGAACCAACAAUGCCAACAAAAUUCAUGGUUGGAACAGAGCAAGGGCAAAUCGUUUCCUGCAACAGAAAAGCAAAAACGCCUGGAGAAAAAAUUGUCUCGUUGUAUCCUGGCCAUCAUGGACCAGUUUAUUCUCUCCAAAGAAAUCCAUUCUUCCCAAAGAAUUUCUUGACAGUUGGUGAUUGGACAGCAAGAGUCUGGUCUGAAGAUAUCAGAGAAUCAUGCAUCAUGUGGACCAAAUACCACAUGUCAUAUCUGACUGAUGGAAUGUGGAGUCCAGUACGACCUGCUGUGUUUUAUACAACAAAGAUGGACGGAACACUUGAUGUUUGGGAUUAUUUGUUUAAACAAAAUGAUCCAACACUCAGCAUACAGGUUUGUGAUGAGGCUCUGCACAGUUUGAGAGUGCAAGACAAUGGAAAAAUAAUUGCAUGUGGUUCACACACUGGUACUACGACUCUGCUUGAAUUAUCUGAAGGUUUAUGGAACAUGCAGAAGAAUGAAAAGAACUUGAUAAAUGGAAUGUUUGAAAGGGAAACAAAACGAGAGAAGAUUCUUGAAACAAGACAAAGGGAAUUAAGACUUAAGGAAAGAACUCAAUCACAGCAAGGUGGUGGAGAAGAGGAGAGAGUUGCCGCUGGGGGAGAUGAUGAAGAAGAGCAAGAAUUAAUUGAUAAAGCCGAAAAGGAAUUUUUCAAAGCAAUUGAGACAGAGAAAAAAGCAAUGACUGAAAAAGAUGUUGAAGAAAUUGGUGAUAUUAAAGAAAAAGCAACAGAUGAACCAACUGAAAAAGAGGAGACGACAACAGAUGGAGAACAAUAAUACUUCAUAUACUUUUUUAUAUUGUUAUAUUAUGGUUUAUGUUUGUGCAGUAUUAGCACAUCUUAACACUGUUUCAAACCAUUUGAUAAAAUGUAUAUUUUGUAAAACUUUUUUUUGUGAAAUUACUUACUUUUGAACUUUCAUUAGUUCUUUUUCUAUAAAAUUUGCUUGUAUUUAAGAUUGGUUUCAGAUACCUAAACAAGUGUUAGCUUUAUUCCAUCACACUUGGUUAAGCACCCUGAUGGGCACAAAGAUAUGAUUCUGUUAGUUUUUCGUAAUAAUAAUCCAAUGUUCAUAGUCUUUUCUGAGAAA